AUGUUGCGUGAAGACAACCUGUUGCAAGACAAAACGUUGCGUGAAGACAACAUGUUGCGUAAAGACAACAUGUUGCGUAAAGACAACAUGUUGCGUAAAGACAACCUGUUGCAUGAAGACAACUUGCUCAAGAAGACAAAACGUUGCGUGAAGACAAAACGUUGCGUGAAGACAAAACGUUGCGUGAAGACAACAUGUUGCGUGAAGACAACAUGUUGCAAGACACACCGUUGCGUGGAGACAAAACGUUGCGUGAAGACAACAUGUAGCGUGAAGACAACCUGUUGCAAGACAAAAUGUUGUGUGAAGACAACAUGUUGCGUGAAGACAACAUGUUGCGUAAAGACAACAUGUUGCGUAAAGACAACAUGUUGCGUAAAGACAUGUUGCGUAAAGACAACAUGUUGCAUACAGACAUGUUGCGUGAAGACAACAUGUUGCGUGAAGACAACAUGUUGCGUGAAGACAACCUGUUGCAAGACAUAACGUUGCGUGAAGACAACAUGUUACGUAAAGACAACAUGUUGCGUGAAGACAACAUGUUGCGUGAAGACAACAUGUUACGUAAAGACAACAUGUUGCAUGAAGACAACAUGUAGCGUGAAGACAACCUGUUGCAAGACAAAAUGUUGUGUGAAGACAACAUGUUGCGUGAAGACAACAUGUUGCGUAAAGACAACAUGUUGCGUAAAGACAACAUGUUGCGUAAAGACAUGUUGCGUAAAGACAACAUGUUGCAUACAGACAUGUUGCGUGAAGACAACAUGUUGCGUGAAGACAACAUGUUGCGUGAAGACAACCUGUUGCAAGACAUAACGUUGCGUGAAGACAACAUGUUACGUAAAGACAACAUGUUGCGUGAAGACAACAUGUUGCGUGAAGACAACAUGUUACGUAAAGACAACAUGUUGCAUGAAGACAACAUGUUGCGUGAAGACAACUAGCUCAAAAAGACAAAACGUUGUGUGA